UGAACUGUCGUCAGUCGGAUGAUCAUCAUUCCGGGCGAUUGUGAGAGAGAACCCUGACCUUAUCCACUACACCUGACAUAAAAUCGCUCUUACUGGAUUUUGUUUUGAUUAUACGGAUUUUGGGAGCUGAAUGGACCUCCAUAUCACUCAUGGCUGACCGAAUUAUAUAUUUAAAAUGGUCUUUCCACUAGUUCAAGCAACGUGUCUGUUUCAAUAACAUGUUUUACAAAGCCGAGCUGUCAUCGACGUGUUAGCCGGCGAGCUAAACAACAAACUCGUGCCCAGAAAAUAAUAAUAAUAUUUGCAGCACAUCACCUUGACAGCAAUCAUUUUCUCUGGAUUUUUGUUUUUGCUCAGCGCUACAGCAUUUCCUACAUGGUUUAUACUUGUUUUCAGUAUAACGGAGGUGAAAAAGGGACCUGUCUACAAUCUGGGAAAUAUCUGAGCUGCUAAUCCAAUCUUUUCCCAGUCAAAUCGAGUGGGAUCCAUACGUGAGAUUCCAGUUAUCUUAAUGUGGAUGUAAAAUGCUGAUCAUGUUACCCAUGGUGAUGGUUGCUCUAAACAAAUAUUAUUCCACGGCUCCAUCUGGAACUCCUCUUGAGUCUGUCUCUGUUGGGGAUCUGCCGUGAUGUAGUGUUGUUUUAUUGGAUGAUGAUGAUGAUGAUGAUGAUGAUGAUGAUAGAGAGUAGCAUGCUAACGUGUCUCAUAUGUGACAGGCAGGUGAGGCAACAGAAAGAGGAAGUGUGUGGGGAAAAAAUGGACUUGAUCAGUCUUCCUAAAUCAGUCAUGUUUUAAUAGACACUGUUGAACCGAAAAGCAUCUCAGAAAUGCACCAGAGCUGCAUCCAUCCAAGUGAGACAUUUAGAUAAGAACAGGAACUCUGAAGUCACUGAGCUGGAACUGAAUGUAUUUAAAACUGUGAGUGUUCCAGAAUCUGUACUGAAUUUUAUUUUUUCCCAAUAAAUCUGGAAAUUAUGGACCAGUAGUCGAUGAGCAAUUGCCGUAUACACAUCUAAGGCAGCAAAGACUGUAGUGAUACACCUGUUUGUGUAUUUUGGAGUUUUGCCUUCAUCAGUGGGAUGGUUGGGAGCAGUCCAUUGUGACACCUGUGGAUUAGAGCCAUGUGGGGAUUGUGGAUGCUUCUGUCUGCAACAAUGUUGCAUACUUUUUUGCUGCUGCUUCUUAUAGGAACCUUCAUCAGGCCAUCUCAGCCCAUGACCAGAGAAGAGAAGAACAAGCUGAGAAACCAAGUUCUGGAAAUGUUUGACCACGCUUAUCAGAAUUACAUGGACCAUGCCUACCCUGCAGAUGAGCUGAUGCCUUUAACUUGCCGUGGCCGAGUACGUGGACUAGAGCCCAGUCGAGGGGAUAUAGAUGAUGCCCUGGGGAAGUUCUCCCUCACCCUCAUUGAUACUCUUGACACUCUUGCGCUGUUAAAUAAGACGGUGGAGUUUGAGAAGGCAGUGAGGAGAGUGGUGACAGAUGUACGGUUGGAUAAUGACAUUGUGGUGUCUGUCUUUGAGACCAAUAUCCGGGUGCUGGGAGGGCUGCUGGGUGGCCACUCCAUGGCCAUCAUGCUGAAAGAAAGUGGCCAAAUGCUCUGGUAUCAGGAUGAGCUGUUGCAUAUGGCAAAAGAUCUUGGGCUUAGACUGCUGCCUGCAUUUAACACCAGCAGUGGGCUGCCUUACCCUAGAGUGAACUUGCGUCAUGGAGUCCGUGGACCCGAGACCCGUACAGGCACUGAGACAGACACCUGCACUGCCUGUGCUGGUACAAUUAUCCUGGAGUUUGCAGCUUUAAGCCGCUUUACUGGGGACCCAACAUUUGAGGCUCAUGCGAGAAGAGCUCUGGACUUCCUUUGGGAAAAGAGACAGAGGAACAGUAAUCUAGUCGGAACAACCAUCAACAUCCACUCCGGAGAGUGGGUCCGCAGGGACAGUGGUGUUGGGGCAGGCAUUGACUCCUAUUAUGAGUACUUAAUGAAGGCGUAUAUAUUAUUGGGAGAUGACCAAUUCCUGCAACGCUUUAACACUCACUAUGCAUCCAUAAUGAAGUAUAUCAGCCAGCCUCCUUUGCUACUGGAUGUUCAUAUCCACAAACCCCUGCUGCCAGCCCGCACCUGGAUGGACUCCUUGCUUGCCUUUUUCCCUGGAUUGCAGGUGUUGAAGGGGGAUAUCCGCCCAGCCAUUGAGACACAUGAAAUGCUUUAUCAGGUCACCAAGAAACACAACUUCCUCCCUGAGGCGUUCACCACUGAUUUCAGGGUUCACUGGGCUCAGCACCCCCUGCGGCCAGAGUUUGCAGAAAGCACCUACUUCCUCUAUAAGGCCACCAAGGAUCCAUAUUACCUGGAGGUAGGGCGGAGCAUACUGGAGAACCUGAAUCGCUUUGCUCGAGUUCCUUGUGGCUUUGCUGCUAUGAAGGAUGUGAGGACGGGGAGUCACGAGGACCGCAUGGACUCGUUUUUCCUGGCAGAGAUGUUUAAGUACCUGUUCCUGCUAUUUGCUGAAGAGGAGGAUUUGCCUUUUAAUGUGGAGGACUAUGUUUUUACCACAGAAGCUCAUCUGCUCCCUCUCUCCCUUUCAACUGCCUCAAACUCACAGCCACCCUCAGUGGUCAACAAUAUGGCUGGAGAAGAGCUUGAUGACGCAAAUUUUGAGUGGACUUGCCCUAACACCCGCCUCCUCUUUCCUGACCCAGCCUUCCCACGCAAUCUUCGAGAACCAAUCAGGAGUGCAGUGGACAAGAGCUGUCCACGCCCAGCCGCCAUUCGAGAGCCUGGUAUGGGCCUUCCUCCUCUGAGGGCUCAGGACUUCAUGGCCAACAAUCCUGAACACCUGGAACUGCUGAGGCGGAUGGGUGUGAGUCUUAUCCACCUAAAGGACGGUAGAGUGCAACUUGUCCAGCAUGCCACACAGGCAGUGAGUGCAGUUGCUGCAGAGGACGGAAUGCGGUUUAUGCAGGAGAUGAUGGAGCUCUCCAGCCAGCAGCAGAAAGAGCAGCUUCCUCCACGAGCUGUUCAGAUUGUGUCACACCCCUUUUUUGGUAGAGUCGUACUGACCGCAGGCCCUGCGCAGUUUGGAUUGGAUCUUUCCAAGAGUAGUUCUGGAGUGCGUGGGUUUGUAACUGUAGCAGAGCCCUACAACGGCUGUUCUGAGUUGACUAACGGUGAGAUUGUCGCUGGCCGUAUUGCUCUGCUGCAGAGAGGCCAGUGCAUGUUUGCAGAAAAGGCCAGGCACAUUCAGAAAGCCAGGGCCAUCGGAGGCAUCGUUAUUGAUGAUAACGAGGGCAGCAGCAGUGACACAGCUCCAUUGUUCCAGAUGGCAGGAGAUGGGCGGAACACGGAUGAUGUCAUUUUACCGCUCCUCUUCCUCUUCCACAAAGAGGGCAACAUCCUGUUGGAGGCUCUUAAGGAAUACAGCGAGGUAGAGGUGCUGCUCAGCGAUAAAGCACGAGACCGAGAAGCCAUAUUUAAAGGGAAAGCCCUCCAGGGCGCCCUAUUGGAUGGCAGUACAGAUGGAGCAGAGGAAGAGGACUGCUCCACAGAGGAGAAGGACCAAAGUUCUCACACCUCCUCUGAACCUCUCGACGAAUCAAAAGUCACUACUCAGGAACAGGUAGCAGAUGACUCAGUUGUGGAGCAGGAGUCAGUUCAGCCAGCGGAGGGACUUGACAGUUAUGUCCCUGUGGAUGUAGGGGAGGAGACCGCAGGGGAUGGAGACUCAGAUAGCCAGUCGGUGGACUCUCUGAUGGCUGACUGGCAGGAGGACUUGGAAGCAUUUAAGCAGAUGGAGAAGGAUGAGCUUUGACAUUUCCCUCCAUCUCUGACUGUGCUAGUUUGUCUCAGCCAUAGCACACACUGACAAAUUAGUUCUGCCAUAUAUGAAAUAUAUCAGACAGGUGCGACUAAGUACUCUUGCUAAAAGAGCUCAUUUUCUACAACCAGUUCUCAGGGGCUUCACGUAUUUCCAAACUGUUGCCUUCAACUGAAGGCUGAAGAACUGUGUUGAAGAUCUCAUCCACACAUUAUCACUCUCUCUUUCUGUCAGCAUAGGGUACACAAUCUCUCUUCUCCUGUUUUUGUCUUCCUUCUCACAAAUCGAUUCUCUGUUUAUUGAAGUGCAGGCUUAAAACAUCUGUGCUGAUAAAUCAUUUGAAGGACUGAUUCAUUUUAUGGCUGCUUUAACACUGAUGAAUUGCUUUUUGAAAUAGGAUUCAUGCUCGAUUCUUGCCUCAAUUUGCAGGGUAUUAAUCAACAGUUGAAAAAAAAAAAAGGAAAUAAGAGGACCUUUGUGGAAUGAUUUAAGUAUAUGUGUAUGUUUGAGUGUUUGUAUUUGUAUUGUUUUUUAUUUGUAAGAGAAUCAGACUGGGGCUCGCAUCGAUUAAAAACCACUCACUUCUAAAAGCUCCUCAGAACUCAAAACCUUCCGCAUUAAGUAUUUAAUGGUCUUACACAUUCAAUCCAGCUAAUAACUUCAUGAUGAGGUCUCUUGAAGAUGAGAAUUAAACGAGAUGAAAACUUUGCA